AGCAGCCGCACUGUGAACACGUUCUGCUCAAAAAAGUACCACCAGGGUUGCCCCUUGGACGACGACACUUGAAACACCGUCGCUCACUCACGUAUUCACUCACUCACUCACCGUCCUCCUUCCGGUUCGAGCUGUCCACGCGACACUUUUUUAGCAGCUCUCGAGUAUCUAUAAGAGUAUCGACGCCGAGUAGCGUGUGGCAAAAGUGUGAUGAUCAUCUUCGCGUGGUCAUCCUAACAGAUAAUUAUCGUCAUCAUCCUCGGAAUUAUUGGUGGUUAGUGAGGUUUUAGGUGUGACGAUAUCUCUUGGUGUUGUUAUUAUCGGGACAUGAACAGCAUGGUCGUUGUGGUGGAAUGCAUACGGAGGAGACGAGGUUGUUUCACGGAGAUAAGCCUUUGACUGCAUUUCGAUAUCACUGGAUUGGAGUAGUACAAGUAGUAGUGGUGGUUGGUCCGUCGGUCGGAGUGUGUCCGUCAGGGUGAUAAACGUCAAUAAUAUUAUCCGCUUGUCUCUCUCAACAGCUCCCGACAUGUCAACUCUUUUGUCGCAGCAAUUGACCAGUGACACCAAGUGCUCAAGAUAAGCCAAGCGAUGCUCGUAUAUUUACUCUCCUCUCCGAUAUCUCAGUCUCGACACACCUCACCAAAACUGUAUCACUGCUGCUGCUGCUCUCCUGUCUGUGUCACACAUUUGGUGCACAGACUCUGACAAGGCAAUACUGCUGCGAGAAGAGAAUAAAUAAUAAUGUACACGAUAUUUAUUCAAACAUUUUUUAAAGGGGGUUGGUGCAUUGGUAAAUAACAAUAGUGGGACGACGACAAAUAAGAUAAAUAAGUGAAGAGGAGCUAAUUACUUUCUUGCCACCAGGAAUACACGGUAAACACGGAGAGCAAAGUUGUUGUUGACAAACUGUUGAGACUUUGUGUCUACUAAGCGGAAUAAUAUAUGUAUGCGGAUAGUUGACACUUUUGGUAUCAAUUAUUUGGUCCCAACGUAUACACAUACAUAGUUCUCUCACGAGUGCAAAUAUUUGGUGGUUGGCAUCAUCAUUGGCGUGACUCGGAAGGUGGGCAAGAUUGGGGGCAGAAUGAUCGUGUCGUGUACUGCGUGCGACAAAGCCAUACUGGACCGCUAUAUUGUGGCCGUGUUGGAGCGGUCGUGGCAUUCGGACUGCGUUCGCUGUUUCGACUGCCGCACCCUCCUCUCUGACCGCUGCUUCUCACGGGAAAAUAAGCUCUUUUGCAAAAACGACUUCUUCAGACGGUAUGGCACCAAAUGUUCGGGUUGUUCUCAAGGCAUCUCACCGCACGACAUGGUUCGCAAGGCUCGUGAUAAGAUUUAUCAUAUAAAUUGUUUCACAUGCACGAUGUGCCGGAGAGAAAUGUCAACGGGGGAGGAACUCUACGUCCUCGAUGACUCAAAGUUUAUCUGCAAAGACGACUACAUCCAGGCAAAGCAAGAAUCCCUUUUCUCCAAUGAUGAAGAUGACGACGAUGACGACAUCAGCUUGAACGCGGAAGACUGUCGACUCGGUCACCACCACCACCAUUCCAGUCUGAGUCCUGGAAGCACCUCGCUGCCUGGGAUGGUCACUCCGACCAAGGGUGGCACCCUCGUGGGUGAUACCGACGUGCGAACCCCAAUCACAUCCUCGGGUGACAAUAGCAAUCCUGAAAAAGACAAUGGAAACGAGUCUGAGGGUUCGAUGGACGCAGAUGGCGAAUCGAGGGAUCCAGGCGCGGAGAACAAGUCUCCGGAGGAUUCAUCGGUGGGAUCGAAAAGACGAGGCCCUCGUACCACGAUCAAAGCCAAACAGCUGGAAAUACUCAAAACAGCAUUCUCUCAAACCCCAAAGCCCACCAGACAUAUCCGAGAACAACUGGCCAAAGAAACUUCUCUCCCCAUGCGAGUUAUCCAGGUGUGGUUCCAAAAUAAAAGAAGCAAGGAAAGAAGACUAAAGCAAUUGACAUCGAUGGGGCGAGGACCGUUUUUUGGCUCAUCCCGAAAAAUGCGUGGCUUUCCCAUGAAUAUCAGCUCCAGUAUGGAUGACGGUCCAAACCCACCUUUUCCUUAUUUCCCCGACGCCAAGUUCUCAGAUUUCCCUUACGGGCCUGGAGGUGGAGGACCUGGGCAAGGUUUCCACGAAUUUUUCCCUGGCCAGCAACCCCACUUUCCUCCUGGGGGCGGUAAGUCAGCUUUCCAUUAUAUCCCCGGUCCACUGGAUCAACCCAUCGGAGAGUUUGGUGGGGGUGGGCCCUUGCCCCCACCGGAUGGACAGGGCCCCCCAAACUCUGGCGGUCCCCCUGGCGGAUUUAUGAGCCAGGAACUUAUGAACCAACCUAGGUCAAGUCCAGACUAUAUGCCGCCAGGUAAGCUGAAAAUGGGCGUGUGUCCCACAGCUUGGCCAGAGUCAUCAUCAGAUCUGUUUUAGCGUCCAGUGUAUGAAUGAAGAUUAGUUUUGUGACCUUAAUUUAUAUGGUUGUAGUGAAGUAAGAACAGAUUAUUACGAAAAACUACUACUUGCACAUGUACAGAUAUAAAGGAAAAGUGUGUUUGUGUCACCAAAAUAAUGUGCUCUCUUCUCCUGUUACGAAACACCAAAGUUUUUAAAAUCAUCAUCAUCGCCACGCUAAUAUUGCAACGUACAGAUUCACUCACUCACCCACUCGCUACACACUCAAGACAGCCCGGAUGAUGCCAAUGAAAAUAAUGACCCUGAUAAGGCCACUGUCCCACUGGUGUCGUCACACAGGUCGACUCUUCGAAUCCCUGCCAAACGCUGGUCUUAUUCACUUUGUGGAUCAUCAUUGCUGCCCACAAUAAAAAGUUCUUCUUCUGCCGCUGGAGAAAGCAAGGUGACUCGUAAGUAGCCUCUCCGCCGAAGAAAUGCAUCACAACCUGUACGAGGAGAGAGAAGGGGGGAAGGGAGAGAGAGAGAAAGAACAACAUAAAUAACCCACCAACCAACUACAACCAAAUGCAUCUCUUUUUUGUACAUCAACGAAGUCUUUGGGUUUUUCUAAAUGGUGAUUGUGCUCGAUGUGACUUCUUUGUGAACCCUUUUGAGAAUGAUAUGGAAAAAAUAAAAGACUUUGCCGGAUAAUCGGUAACAAUACAAGAAAUGUU